AUGUCAGGCAUGAUUUUAUCCCCACACCACCCUGGGUAUUAUCCAGCGCUGACGCGUUGCCGGUGGACCAUCAAUGUUCCUCGCGGAAACACCAUAAAACUGCGAUUCCUGGAAUUCCAAUUAGAAGACCAUCCUUCCUGCUUUAACGACUUCCUAGAGAUAUAUAGUGGGCUUAAGUCCAAAACGUUUAUGGGAAAAUAUUGCGGAGAAAGAUUUCCACCCUUCAUUGAAUCAUUUUCAAAUGUUAUGGAGAUUACUUUCGUGAGCAAUGACAAAAUUAAUGGAUUAGGUUUCAAACUACACUAUGCAGGUGAGGAAUUACAUUAAGACGGCUGUGACUGAGUGUGAUUCAUCAUGCCUUCAGCUACUAGGGUGAGAACUAGUGCUAACCGCGUGAAGAUCUUUUCAGUUCUCUUAUCUGCUAGUAAUCAGCGGUCGGCGUUUGCAUAUGGCUGUCAAGUCACUUUGAAGAAAACAUGCACGGUUCCCGAUAUAACUCAGUGUGAACAUGUUUUAAAGAAGACGAUAGAUUCUAUCAAAAUGGCAAAACGUUUGAUAACAUUCCCAGAAUUAAUCCACAAUAUAAAUUACAUCCAAGAUGGCCGGCAUACGAGAGGUGUCAUUUUCAAUGUCGUAAUAUUUCUCCGGAAUAGCCCACGUUCGAUAUAUUAGAAUUCUGACAUGACUCCGAGGCUUUAGGAACAAAAUUGCAAAUGUUUCUUGACUCCAUGGUCUCGCAAUCCCCAGAAGAGACUUUAGUACCAAACCAAAUAUUUUAAUGUGACAAGAAGGCCUCGGAGUCCUGUUAGAAUUUUGAUAUAUCGUACCUGGGCUAUUGCAAAACCAUAAAACAUUCAAAUAAUGGGCUAUCUGUUGCCUUAUUAUACUGCAGCACCACAAGGCCUGAAGUGUUACCUGUUCUAGUAACACUAGUAUUUCUUAUAAGAGUCAUUAAAACAAUAAUACACUGUAUUUAGAACAUAUGCAUGUGUCUCUCUUAUAUAGCUGACGUUGAUAAAGAAGCGUGUCUCCAAUACGAAGGUAAGUAGCAAAAUUUUCCUUCUUCCUUAACCCGCCUCCCUUCCUCAAAGUAUAUGCAUGUUAGGACUUAAAGCUCUCUCUGAGAAAACAAACAAACAAAAAAACAUGCAAUAUCGAAAAAAAAAAAGAAAAAACGAAACAGAAAGUGGGUACUAUACACUGCCGACCACAACAAACUGCAUCGGGGGUGAACAAAUGUUAUUACGGCCUCUUUAAAAGAAAAUGAAAAAACAACAACAACAACAAAUUACAAUGUUUUUACAAUGAUAAUGUAAUUAAUGAAUUACUUUUCAUUUUUUUUUAUUAUUUAAGGUUGUCCGUCAAAUUGCGAGUGUAAUCCAAUUUCACGAAAAAGUCGUGAGAUGGUGAUAACAGUGAAGAAGGGAAGGAAACUGACUGCUUUACCAGGAAACAUUCCUUCUAAGGCAGCCGUGAUGUGA